GGCGUUCCAUAUGUACUAAUUCUUGGUUAUCACCCCUUGAUUUCAAUGCAUUGUCAGUUGUUUGGGUUUUUACAGUCAAGACACAAUCAGCUUAGUAUCAAUGCAGUCACGUGUGAUAUGUCGACAUCGAGCGAGUACUACUCAUACAAAGAAUAUGUCAAUCUGGAGCGAGAACUCUUACCAAUGAUAUGUCAGGCUGGAGCAAUAAGUCAUUCAAAUGAAAUAAUGCGUCUAAAUUGAACAAGAAGGCAUGUUACAUUAUAUGUAAAACGAGCGUCAACUCAUACAUUUAGGGUAUGUCAAUCGGAAGUGAAUACUCAUUUACUUUUACAAACAGGUUUGUCAACUUGGUACUCAUAAAAAUAGUACUAAUAGUAACACCUUAAUUGUGCCAUACAUCUAGGACUAUUAUACUAGUAUCAUGAUAGUCCCAGAAUACAUUUAGUGAAGGAUUUUCGCACAAGCGAUUCUAAAUAAAACACUUAACAUCUUUAAAAGAAUACAUACUGACAUGACGGAUGUUAAAUCUUCGCAUGAAGAAUGUGGGGACACGUCGAGGGACACGUAUCCAGAUAGCUGGAACUUGCAAAAUCACAUGAAAACACCAGCGAAUGGUUAUAACACUCAUCAAUGUGACAUUUGUGAUGAAACAUUUAAUGAGCUUGAUAACUUGGAAAAACACAGGAUGGUACACAUCGACAAACCGCAUCAAUGUUAUAUAUGUGAUAAAGCGUUCAAGAAGCUUGGUAACUUGAACAAACACAUGAAAAUACACACUGAAGAUAAACCACAUGCAUGUGAUAUAUGUGGUAAAAGGUUUAUUCAUCAUUGUUACAUGCAGUAUCAUAUGAGAACACAUGAUGGCGAUAAACCCUAUGAUAAACCUCAUCGAUGUAAUAUAUGUGAUAAAGCUUUCUAUCAACUUGGUAACUUGAACAAACAUAUGAAAGUACACACUGGAGAUAAACCACAUGCAUGUGAUAUAUGUGGUAAAAGGUUUACGCAUCAUUGUUACAUGCAGUAUCAUAUGAGAACACACACUGGAGAUAAACCUUAUGAAUGUGAUAUAUGUCAUAAAAGGUUUAGUCUGCUUAGUAGCGUUCAAAAACACAAAAGAACACACACUGGCGAUAAACCGUAUCAAUGUGAUAUAUGUGGUAAAAGAUUAGGUCACUUAAAUACUUUAAGGAAACACACGAGAGCACACACUGCCGAUAAACCUGAUCAAUCUGGUAUCCUUGAUAAUAGUAGCUUUCAAAAUCAAUCGGGAACACAAACAGGUGAUAAACCUUUAUUUGGUAAUUUGUUAAGUGAUCACAAUGCCUAUCGUACAGACUCGAGAACACAUACUGGUGAUAAACCUUACAAAUGUGAUAUAUGUGGUCAAGGAUUUAGUCAUCUUUAUAGCUUAGAGAGACACACGAGAAAGCAUACUGGUGAUAAACCUUAUAAAUGUGGUGUUUGUGGAAAAGAAUUUAGUCGAAAAUAUGUUCUUGAAAGGCACGUAACAAUACACUCAAGUAAUAAACCGUGUUCAUGUGAUGUAUGUGGUAAGCAGUUUAUUGAUAAACAUAAUUUGCGUAUACACAUGAGGUUACAUACUGGUGAUAAACCUUUUAAAUGUGGUGUGUGCGACAAAACAUUUUGUCGCGUUGAUUACCUUCAGAAACACAUGAGAACACAUACUGGUGAUAAACCGUACAAGUGCGAUGUUUGUGGUAAAGAAUUUAGUGAUCAUUGUGCCUAUAAUAGACACGUGAGAAUACACACUGGAGACAAACAUAAAAAAUGUGACGUGUGUGGUCAAGAGUUUGGUCGAAAAGAAGCUCUACAAAGGCACAUGAAAACACACACUAGCGAUUAAUCAUCUAUAUGUGACGUGUGUUCGAGAGUUUGGUUGAAAAGAAGCUACACAAAGGCACAUGAAAACACACACUAGCGAUUAAUCAUCUAUAUGUGACGUGUGUUCGAGAGUUUGGUUGAAAAGAAGGUACACAAAGGCACAUGAAAACACACACUAGCGAUUAAUCAUCUAUAUGUGACGUGUGUGGUCAAGAGUUUGGUCGGAAAGAUCUUCGAAGCUCUACAUCGAGCUCUACAUAGGCACAUGAAAACACAGUACUUAGCGAUUGAACAUCAAAAUGUCUUGGUGUGUGGUAUAGAGGAUUCAGUAUUACUUUUUGAAAACACAAUUGUUUAUAACUUUA